AUGGAUUUCACAGCCAAUGGCUAUAUUCAAAUCUUAUCCGUCAGUAUCCGACGCCGCUUGACUACCCUCGCCAACAGUUGCUCUGGGAACAAAGUCAUCAGCUCAUCUGAGUCAAUGCAACAGCCUCCCAAGCUGGGAAACAAAAGUCACUGA